GCCAGGUCCUGUUUUGAGAUCAGUUCAUGCAAGAUCUGAGUGAAUCUCUUCACCAAAGGGUGAGAAGUGGUAUUUCAUCUUGACCUUAAACAAAUCACGGCUGAAGGGCAAAUACAUAAGACAGUUGUGCUCCCAGGGUAAGCUUUUUUGACUUAAGACAGAGACGAAAAACUGACUGAGGCCAGAUGAAGGUGGCAUCCUUUAAUGUCAGACGACUGGGUUUGACCAAAGUCUCUGAUGAGAAUGUCCUCAGAUACUUGAUCAAGAUUGUGUCACGCUACAGCAUAAUCAUGAUACUCGAGGUGGUGGACAAAUCAGGCAAAGCCAUGGCAAAGUUCUUGAGAGAGCUGAACAAUACAAGGGCAAACAAGAAGCAUCCCUAUGCCAUGGAGGUGAGCUCCAGCUUAGGGCGCUCUCACUAUAAGGAACAGUUUGUCUGUCUCUACAGAGAGGACCAGGUGCAGCUGACGGACACCUACCAGUAUGAGGACAACCAGGUGGGCGACGAGGAUGCCUUCUCUCGAGAGCCCUUCAUCCUGCGUUUCUCAUCUCCUCUCACAGAGCUGAAAGACUUUGUGCUGAUCCCCGUCCACACCAAGCCAGACGACUCAGAGAAGGAGCUGGAUGAGCUCUAUGAUGUCUUCCAGGAGGUGAAGAGGAGGUGGAAGACAGACGACAUUAUGAUUCUAGGGGACUUCAAUGCAGAUGGUGCGUAUGUGUCCAAGAGGAAGAUGAAGCGGAUCAGAAUCCGUAGUGACACAGAUUUCCACUGGCUUAUUGGGGAUGACAUAGACACAACAGCACGCACAUCUAACGACCACACCUAUGACAGGAUUGUUGUCUACCAGAAAGACAUGCUACAGGCCGUAGUUCCACACUCGGCCAAAGCCUUCAACUUCCACGACGCCUACAACCUCUCUGAGGAGAUGGCUCUAUCCAUCAGUGAUCACUAUCCAGUGGAGGUGACUCUACGUCCUGCUAAGAGGGCCCGGAAGAGGAGAAGACAAUAGUUACACAUGAAAUCUAUGAGUCAUCAACACUGAAAAGAUAUGCAACAAACAACAAUUACAAUGUAUACCAUGAGCACAUCAUUAAAAUGUCAUGUCACAAUUGCAGUACACGUUACAUUUAUACUUGUGUUUAUUAAUAGUGUUUACACAACCACUAAAAGUGGAUGAUCAUUAGGUAUGAAAUAUAUAGUUUCAUUUUAUUUUAUUAAUUAAUUUGCAUUCUGAGAGAGUUGAAUUCAUGCUAAGGCUAUAGAGCUAAGUCUAUAGAAGAAUACUAAAGAUGGGAUCAUUUCAUGCUUCCCUGUUAUCCUUG